AUGGGACAAGGCUACUCCCUCACAACCCUGUCUGCAGGGUCAGCAGGGAUAGAUGUCCCCGAGCUCUCGGAUCUGGUGUAUGAGAAGUCAAUGGGUGGGGGCAGAUUCAUGAAGAGCAUCCGUGCUAGGCAACAAAACGGCCUGGUCUUUGUGAAGGUGAUCAUGAAGCCUUAUCCGACGAUGAAGCUAGAGUCUUAUGUCAAGGCAAUCAUUCGGGAACGUAAGCUCUUAUCUGAUGUGCCUAACGCAUUGAGCUAUGAAAGAAUUCUGGAAACCAGCACCAGUGGAUAUCUAGUCCGUCAGUACAUUCAUAGCUCCCUGUAUGAUCGAAUGAGCACCCGUCCAUUCCUCGAGGACAUCGAGAAGAAAUGGAUUGCCUUUCAGCUCUUGGGCGCUCUACGGGACUGUCACUCCAUGGAUGUUUUCCAUGGCGACAUCAAAACGGAAAACAUUCUAGUCACGUCAUGGAACUGGUUAUACCUGUCUGAUUUCUCUUCUUCGUUCAAGCCUACUUUCCUGCCCGAGGAUAACCCGGCAGACUUUUCGUUUUACUUCGACAUUUCAGGAAGACGAACCUGUUACCUCGCGCCAGAAAGAUUCUUGGUCGCUGGCGAAGAGCCGGGCAAUCGUCACGUCAAUUGGGCUAUGGAUAUCUUCAGUGCUGGCUGCGUCAUUGCUGAGCUUUUUCUCGAGUCGCCAAUUUUUACCCUCAGUCAAAUCUACAAAUAUCGAAAAGGCGAAUAUAGUCCAGAGCACGGCCCGCUCACGAAAAUCGAGGAUCCUGAAAUUCGUGAACUAAUUUUGCAUAUGAUUCAACUGGAACCCGAGUCUCGGUAUUCUGCAGACGAGUACCUGAAUUUCUGGAAGAACAAAGCCUUCCCGGAGUAUUUUUACAGUUUUCUCCAUCAAUACAUGUCACUCAUGACGGAUCCAUCUUCUGGCAGAACGAAGGUGGAUGCGGAGUCUGCCAACAGAGGCGAGACCGACGAUAGGAUAGAGCGAGUCUGUCUAGACUUUGACAAGAUCUCUUACUUCCUUGGUUCUUCAUCCCGAGGGCCUCAAGAUAUACCUAGCCUCGGCGGUUCACGACUCACGGGUGACAUACUUCCUGUAAAGCUUGAUCUGCCGGAGGGUGGGAACAAUCAAACAACUGGGACACAGCCGGAUGAGGGUGUCUUGAUUUUUCUGACACUUGUUGCUUCAAAUCUUCGGACUACAUCUAAAGCUUCAGCUCGCAUUAAAGCUUGUGAUAUUCUUCUAGCAUUUGCAGAAAGAUUGUCUGACGAGGCCAAGCUCGACCGUGUCCUGCCAUACAUUAUGAUUCUCUUGGCCGACCGAACAGACACUGUGAAGGUUGCGGCCAUCCGCACUUUAACACAAUUAUUGGAGAUGGUGCAGGUAGUAUCUCCAGUAAACGCAUAUCUCUUCCCCGAGUACAUUUUCCCGCGGCUUCAGCAUUUCGUCAUCUCUCACAAGAGCAAUCCGAGUGCUAUGGUUCGUGCUGCAUAUGCCUCGUGCAUCGCAUCCUUGGCGCAGUCAUCAUUAAGAUUCCUGGACAUGAUCCAGGCGCUGCGCUCUGAUACUCGUUUAACCGCUCUGAUUCCUGUCGGCUUCGAACCGCGAUGGACUGAAGAUGCUACAUACCAUAACCUUUAUGAUGUGGCUCGAAUUGAUCUUCUGGAGUAUUUUGAGGCUCACACAAAGGCGCUCUUGACCGAUACCGAUGCCACGGUCCGUCGAGCAUUCUUGGGAUCUGUGUCCAGACUUUGCGUCUUCUUUGGUAAUUUAAAAGCAAAUGAGGUAAUCCUCAGUCAUCUCAACACCUACCUCAACGACCGGGACUGGAUUCUAAAAUGCGCCUUUUUUGAGGCUGUCGUUGGUGUGGCUGCAUACGUGGGAAGCACCAGUUUAGAGCAGUACAUUCUGCCGCUGAUGAUCCAAUCCAUGACUGAGCCUGAGGAAUUUGUGGUGGAAAAGGUAAUUCGAUGCCUAGCAGCUAUGGCCGACCUAGGGUUAUUCCAGCGAUCAACAACAUGGGAUUUGCUCCAUAUUACCCUUGGAUUCUUAGUUCACCCGAACAUCUGGAUCAGAGAGGCUGCGGUGAACCUGGUCGUAAAAUCAACCAAGUUCCUGGCCGUGGCUGACAUAUACUCCAUUCUGACUCCCCUCAUUCGUCCUUUCCUUAAGGUCAAGAUCGUUGGCUUUUCCGAGCUUGAAAUACUCGAUGCUCUUAAGCGCCCAAUGUUGAGGAGCGUGUACGAGAUGGCAUUUCUCUGGGCCUCAAAAUCGGAUAAAGGGGUCUUCUGGAAAUCAGCGAGCCGUGAUGGUGCAUUCAGUCUUUCCGAGCCUGGAGCACACGGAUUCCGAGCUGGGCGUUCCUUUUCUUUAAGUGCACAUUCGAAGAACGAUGAAGAUGAACAGUGGCUUGCCAGGCUGCGAAAUCUUGGAAUGACCCCGGAGGAUGAUUUCAAGCUCAUUGCACUCAAGGAUUAUAUUUGGAGGGUCUCACUAAGGCAAGUAAGGGACAUCGAUUCCCAUUCCACGCCGCCGUGGAACGAUAUAAUUAGCCUAGCUCACCAUGGUCUCACACCUCAAACGGUUUUCUUUGAUAAGAACCUCAACGACAAGCCACAAAGUACGUCCCGGGAUCGAACUGAAAGUCCAAGGCCUGAAGAAUCGAGGCCGCGAACUAUCGCUGAUGCGCUGCUCGAUGCCUCCACGACUAUUGAGCGGGCACCUCAUUCCGGGCACAAGCAUAAUCGAUCACGGAGCCAGCUCCAUAAGGGGAUAGACAUCCGCCCGAGUCGACAGGGAGACAUGGCAGUGGGCUCCUCUCCAUCUUCUCCUGCGGCUUCAUCCCCUGCUGGUGGUCCUGGAACUCGACCGUCGCCUUCGCCAAAUUUAGAUAUGCCUACUCCUGCUCGCCGACUGAGUUCUGGGCAAGAGAGCACCUCAACAACGCCCACAAAUGCGGACAACAUGUCGCUUAGAAGCGAGAGAGUUCAAAAGAAAUCUAGCGCAAUAAAUCUUCUCGGGCGCAAUGAGACCGCAAAGGCAUAUGCGGAAACAAGCACAAAUUCUGCCAAUGCGUUUGGAAAGGUGGAUGCCCCCGUUCAAAGAGGCGGAACUCCCCAGCCAUCAGGUCUCCACCAGGCCAUUGAACGCAUGCCAGUCCAGGCAGCAGCACGGCGGUAUCGUGCCAAUCACUCAUAUGAAGGCGAUGACCCGACCGUUUUGCGACUACUGGACAAUGUUUUUGCUGACAACUACCCAACUGAUUUGUUCGACCUGGGUCCAUACGUCAAAGAAUUGGAUCUACGACAACCAAUCCGCAAAGCCAACUCGCACGAUCCUAAUAAGAUAUGGCGGCCCGAGGGGAACUUGGUGGCGACCUUUGGCGAGCACAGCGGGCCCGUGAAUCGCAUUGCGGUGCCACCGGAUCAUUCUUUCUUUGUCACUGCGUCCGAUGACAGCACGGUCAAAAUCUGGGAUACGACGCGCUUGGAAAGAAACUUGACACCUCGCUCCCGCCAGACCCAUCGCCAUGCGCCCGGAGCACGGGUCCAGGCUUUGACUUUCGUUGAAAAUACGUACACCUUCGUGAGCGGCGCGACAGAUGGUAGUAUCCAUGCUGUUCGGGUCGACUAUCAUAGAGCCAACGAGACCGUACGCUACGGGAAGCUUCAACUGGUUCGCGAAUACCAAUUACCUGUCAUGGAGAAUGGAUCCCCCGAGUAUGCUGUCUGGAUGGAACACUUCCGGGACGAAGGCCAUUCAACUCUUCUCGUUGCCACCAACGCCUGCCGCAUUCUCGCGUUAGACAUGAAGACCAUGCUACCGGUUUACACCCUGGAGAAUCCCGUGCAUCACGGAACUCCAACCACCUUUUGCUGUGAUCGUCGACACACUUGGCUUCUUGUCGGCACGACGCAUGGUAUCUUGGAUCUGUGGGACCUUCGGUUCCGAGUGCGACUCAAGGCGUGGGGUCUUCCCGGCUGGGGAUCAGUCCAGCGAAUCCAACUACACCCUACAAAACCACGUGAGCGCUGGGUUUGCGUAUCUAGCAGCGGCAGCCACGGCAAUGAAAUUACAGUAUGGGAUAUUGAGCGAUUUAGGUGCCGCGAGGUCUACCAGGCGACGCCACUGGACACGCACGAGAACAAUUCCAAUGGAACGCAUCGUGUCUCCCGUCCCACCAACACCCGUGGCCACCGAAUCCUGGCGAAAGACUUUGAAGCAUGGCCCGUAGAUGAAGACCGACCGGAGGGUAUGCUCAGUCGCUUUGCUACCGCCAGCCCUGCGGCGACGGGCAUGCCACCAAGCACCGGAGAAAACGGCUCUGGGUCACCACCCAACCACCCCUCCGGAGAUCGACUUGGGACGUGGGCAUUUACAGUGGGUCUCAAUGCCCCUGAUGACGACAAAGCGUCUAGUAGCCGGUGCGGGUUCAUCGUGUCUGCGGGGUGCGACCGAAAAAUCCGGUUCUGGGAUCUUGCCCGCCCGGAGCUGUCGAUGAUUGUUAGUGGGAUGGAUGCCGUGUCGGAGGGUACUAACGCUGGCAAGCCGCGUUACGAACUAUCUCAGCCUGGACCGAACCUUGUGGUGACAACCGAGCACCUGCCCAAUGCACCUGGCAGCGGACAGACCGCGGGAGGGUCGCGGAAGGCAAGCUCACGGCCUCCCCGCAGCACAGUGAUUAGUCUCCAGCAGCAGAUGCUUCUUAAGAGUCAUUUGGAUAUCAUCCAAGACGUUGCUGUGUUGCGACAACCGUAUGGCAUGAUUGUCAGUGUUGACCGGGCGGGCAUGAUCUACAUCUUCCGAUGA